CCUACUGUGUGAGAGAACAAACCAGCUUCCUGUUUAAGAAACUGGGGCGAGAUGCUGUAGAUGGGUGUGAUAUACAUUUGGAAAAUCGUCAGACUACAUUACUAAGCAAGCGCUAACUUGGAAUCCUGAAGGGAAGUGGAAAAGACGAAGAUUAAUGAAGACGUUACGUUGAUAAUUGGAAGCAGAUAUGAAAAUGAUGAAUAAGAACUGGAAAGGAUUGUCGAGGACAGAGUUGAAUGGGGAAUGCUGGUGAACUGUCUAUGCUACUCCACGAGGAGUAACAGGUCUUCCAGUAGUUUGUGGGAUAUGCAAACGGUUGUUUUACAGUACCAAUUAACGAUCUAUUGAUGACUGAGAGCUGUAUAGCCCGGAUACGUGAAUUCAAUCGUGUUAUAUGGGGUGGAUCCAAUGUGAAGACAGAUUUGUUCAAACGUUGGUGUCAAGGAUUUUCAUUUAGCCCUGUUGAGUUUAGUGCUUUGGUACAAUCAACAGGUGGUCCAUGUGCUAUUAUAGCUACUACUCAAGCCACAAUUAUGUACGAGGUUUUGUUCAUUCGCAAGCAGAACCUAGCUGAUAUUACAGAUGUCGACAAUAUGGAAAUUCUACUGAGCGCGCUGUUAAGAAUAAUUCUAUUGGUCUCGAGUGAUCGCCAAAGCCAUUUUUGCUGGGUUUACUGGUGCGAAGAUGAAGAACCAGCGAGUUCUGAGUCCUCCAUUCAAAAUGAAAAAUGUGCCACCAGUGAUUUAAGUGCUGCCAAUAAGUCAUUGGAUUCUAAUAUAAACCAACUUGGAGAAUGCGGUUUCCAGAAAUUUAUUAAUGGUUUAAGAUGCUUCGAAGCGGAAACUGUCGAGGAACUCCGUGCAGUUGCUUUCUCGUUACUUCCUCAAAUAAAAUCAAAAUAUGGAGUAUUGUGCUUCCUUUAUUCUGUUUUGUUCACACAUGGACUUCAGUCACUUAUAAAUGAAAUGAAUGGUGAAAUGGAAGCUUUGAUUGAUCCAAUUCAUGGACAUGCUAGUCAGUGUCUGAUUAAUUUAUUAAUUACUGGAGAAAGCACGCCAUAUUUAUUCGAUGGUGAAAGAGAUCUCGGAGGAUUUACAUUGAAAGGUAUAUCCAGGCAACCGAAAACCGGUUUCUUGACUUUUGUUGAAGCAAUGAGAUAUUGUGAAGUGGGAUGGUUUUUGAAAAAUCCAUAUUACCCAGUUUGGAUUUUGGGAUCUGAGACACACUUAACCGUUUUGGCGUCGCCAGACAUGUCGUUGGUGUCAAAAAAUGUCAAGUCAGAAAUUAACUCUAUAUCAGGUUUACGCCAAGCUGAAGUUGAGUUUAAUUAUCUAAGCCCAGAUCAAGAUACUGGAGGUUUUAUCAGUUCGUCAGAUUUUGAAAAAUUACUGACCAAAUUACGUCUAUCUACAGGAUCCCAACAAGUAAAUGAUUUAGUUACAACACUAGAUCCUGAAGGUUUAGGAAUAAUUUUGAAGAAAGACUUCCUACAGUUCUUUUUUCCCGAAGAAAUGGCAAAGCACACCACUGAAGUUAUUAGCUUUCAGUUAAUCCAUUAUAAUGGUUUGGAACACUCUAAUACUGAUGGUCGGGUUCGAUACAGUAUUGGUGAAGCCCGCUUAAUAGAUCCUACAGAAGAGCUGAUCGAGACCCAACCUAUUGAUCAAAGUCCCAUACAGCAGUGCUUGGCAACAAAAUGGCCUACAAUACGAAUCAAAUGGAAACGUAAACAGAAGUCCGUCACUGAACUAA